AGUACUUUACAUAUUUUAUACAAAAAUAAUACAACACCAUAAAUGUUUUGUUUACAAAUUUCUAUAAUAUUAAAUUCAUAACAGAAAAUUAAAUUUAUUAAAAGCCAAAGAAAUAUAUAAUUUCCAAAUACAAUAAUUUUUUUUUAAUAAGCUCUUCCCGAUAAUUAGAAAAGAAUAAUUCGAUUUCAGGUCACGCCCUAGUAUUUUUAUACACUAUUGCUCAGAAUGAAGACAAUUUUAUUAUUACCAUUAUUUUUAUGCAUUUUAACUAAAUCAGCUUACUCAAUAAGAUGUUAUAUAUGUAAUACAACUGAUUCAACAACUCCAUUCCAAUGUGGUGAGUGGUUUGAAAGAUUUGAUCAUCCUGAUAUACAACCUCAAGACUGUUCUGCAGUUCAUGGAGCACAGUACUGUAUUAAGCAUAUUGGACGUUUUGAAGGUGGAAUUGGAGCUAAACGAUACUGUUCUUCUAAAGAUUUAGGCAAUUAUUGUGAUUAUGUUAAACAACGAGGAGAUACUAUGGAAUAUCGAUCUUGUAUAUUUACAUGUAGUACUGAUGGAUGUAACAACACAAUAUCUAUACAACCGCAAUUAAAGACUAUUGGAUUUUUGACAAUUUUAACUAUUUGUAUGAAAUUUAUUAUUAAGUAAAAUAUUUAUUUAAGCAAUUAUAAUUUGAAAAAUAAAAAAAAUAGUCAUUCCUUAUAAAACAAACAAGAAAGAGACAAUUUACAAAUUUGAAAAUGUAAAACGCUUAAAAUACCGUCCAUUUUUUGUGUAAUCGAAUUAAAAUUGUAAAAUUA